CCACCCUUUACCUGCCAGGACAAUCUGGUACGGGAAGGCUGGAGUGGAGUCUGGGUGAGUCUUCUUUGAAGUGGAGUCCUUCACCACUUCGUUGAUCGUUGUCUCUCCCGGCACUGGGGCUUCGGAGGAUGGAUCUUCUUCUCUUCGCUCACCGGACCCUCCGGCUUUUGCGUCGUCUUGUGAGGCUGUCGCUUCUUCUUCUUUAUCAAUGACGAGUACAUCUUUGUCUUGUUGGCUCUCAGCCAUCGUCUUUGUCGUCUUGAGUCGUCUGCUCUCUCAAAACCUCUCGUAGGACCGUUGAGCAGGGAUGAGUGCAGACUUCGUCUGGCUGCUCCGCGGUGCCUUUUUUCCGGGAUGCGCUGGCCCAAGGUCACUGCGGCUUCUUCUAGCCUGCGGUUCUCACUGUACCUCCCGUCAGGCGUGAUGAUCCCGAGUCUCUCUAUCGGCCGAUCACCCGUGCUGUGGAUCCUCGGUCAGAAGGUCUCGUCUUCUCCUUCCCCGAUCUCCACAGCGUGGACCCUCGGUCAGAAGAGAUUAGCCCUCUCUUCCCCAGUUUCCACUGAAAGGUUCUGGCGGUUGAUUCUAGGUGUCGGUGCCGGACCCUCAGAAUCUUCUUUUGGACACUUUUUUCUUCACUCGUGCCCACCCAGGGACGCCAUGUUCGCCAGUCUAGCCUUUUUUAACCCUUGCCUCAGGUUAAAGUUGGUCCAGCUCUCCGUUUAAAGGGUUAGAUUCUAUCUGCCUAUUAGUAUUUCACCUAACUGGUUUCAGCAGAAUAAAUUAAGCUGGAAUCGAGAGACACUCGCCCAGGUUCUAACUGCCUUGCAUCCGAAUGUCUCACCCCUCUUAUCUGAUAAAUGCUAUCCCACCAAGCAGCCUUUCUAAGUAGUAGAAUUGAUCUAUCAUUCACAUUCGUUAUCGGACAGCUUCUCUCUAAGGACUUGCAUGCACUUGGUGCUAUUCCUGGGUUCGUUUUAGAGGUUUGGAAAGAACUAACCUCAGGGGUAAGGUUUAAACACUCUCACUUUGGACUAAGUAACCUUUAAGAACCAUUGGAUUGAAUGCACACAAUCAACUUAACUUUUUACCACUAUGCAGAUUUUCAGUGGUUUAUAAUAAUUUCAUUAGGCUUCUCUUUAAAUGCAAUAGAGCGUUUUAUUAAGCAAGUUUAGCAAGAGCACAGCAUCAAUUCAUGAUUAAACAAUUAAUUAUUUCUGAUUAAAAAUGAUACUAAAGUAAUUAAAUUGAGCGUACCUGACAAUCUUCUCUAAUUAUUGAAUUUAGGAGAGAGAGCGAACAGCGUGGCCACUACCGUAUCACUCGGUCUUGUCUUGCGUCUGGGAAAAGCACUCAGUUGUCCAGAGGACUCGGUACGAUGUCUUCUUUGUGAACAAAAUGAUCUUAUCCCUCGGCAGGGGGGAGCGGAGGAGUCCUGUAAGCCAAUCGUGGUCUGGCAGUUAUCUCUGGAAUCAGCUGGAACGUUAGUGCUUACGCCCCAGCUGUCUUCUCUGUGGUAUGGUGGUGAUGGAAAACCCUCGUCCGUUCGGGCUGUAGUGGGUCACUGGGUCUCCCAGCCCCGGGGAGGGGAACAGCCCAGAGCUGUUGCCUCCUUUGCCUCUUCGGGUGUAGUCGGAUCUUCCCUCUGUUGGUUUCUUCUGGAUAACUGCAGAACCUCUUAGGACUCUCCGUUUGGCAGAGUGUGGUCUUUGCUUGUUGAACAAAGUCAGAAAAAGACUUUGCUUCUAACGAUGUCCUCAGCGAUCUCUGGAGCCUAAGUCCCGCGUCGUCUUCCCGUCUCUCAGGCAAAAGAGGAAGGUGAAGAUUCUUCAGAACUCCGGCCAAGUUCCCUUUGCAGCUCUUCUGGCGGCUCCGGCGAACAACUCCCUAAUAAUGUCUCUGCUCUCCCAUUCUUAUACUCUCUCCGGACACACAAAACUGGCUAGGUAUGCCCUCUGACACCGUCUAACUUAUGCAAUCAACUUGUCAUCACAUACAGCAGUAAUACAGAAGUCAUGUUGUUACAGCAAAUACACAGUGUCCACAUUCUGUUUAACACACACACAUUUCAGCCAGCCCUCUUGGGUUUUUCCCAAACUUCCCUUUUUUCUGAGGAGGCUGCAAUGUCAUUGUGGCUGCCGAGUCAUGGUGACUGUUGUUUACUGCACUUCUGCUUUCUUAAGGCCUGGACACACAAGCCUAUGAGGCCUGUACGCACACACAGAGCCUAAACAAGGAUUACUUCACACAGAAUCACUUCUUAAAUCAUUCCUCUCAAUCUGAACAUAAUAAAUCAUCUGAAUCAUUACUUUAAUCAAAUCAACACUUCAAAAAUGUAUAUAUAUUUCAGCAAGCAUAAUCAUAUGGUUAACUUAUAAUGUUUCUUCUUAAGAUCUUUACUUGUCUGCUUCAAAACCUUUGUUACCUUAGGGCCAUAAUGAGCCUGAGUCCUCUCUGAGACCUCAACAUCUGCAUCUUACUUGACAAUAUAUUCAAUUAAGCUAAAUCUUAAUAGAGCAGCAUUUUAGCAUUUUGAAUAGAAUUCCACCAUUCCGGUCCCAAGCCCGGAUAAAUACAGAGGGUUGUGGCAGGAAGGGCAUCCGACGUAAAACUUUGGCCAAAUCAAUCAAAUGUAGCCGCAAGGGGACACAAGCCAGUGUCUUAUUGUGCCGGUCCCAAGCCCGGAUAAAUACAGAGGGUUGUGACAGGAAGGGCAUCUGACGUAAAACUUUGGCCAAAUCAAUCUUGCGAAUCAAAUGUAUGACUUCCAUACCGGAUCGGUCGAGGCCCGGGUUAACAACGACCGCCAUCGGUGCUGUCGAUCUACAGGGUGCCGGUGGAAAAUGGACGACUGUUGGUCGAAGAAGGAGGGGAGGUAGGUGUGUUCGUAGGAAGAGAGAAAAGAGGAACACCAAGAGUCUAGGACUGAGAGUAGGGUCUUUGAAUGUUGGAACUAUGACAGGAAAAGAUAGAGAGCUGGUUGACAUGAUGCAGAGGAGGAAGGUGGACAUACUGUGUGUCCAGGAGACCAGGUGGAAAGGUCGUAAAGCUAGAAGUUUAAGAGCAGGGUUCAAGUUGUUCUAUCAUGGUGUAGAUAGGAAGAGAAAUGGAGUAGGAGUUAUCUUGAAGGAGGAGUUUGUUAGGAAUGUCCUGGAGGUAAAAAGAGUGUCAGAUCGAGUGAUGAGCCUGAAGCUAGAAAUCGAAGGUGUGAUGUUCAAUGUUGUUAGUGGGUAUGCUCCACAGGUAAGAUGUGAGCUGGAGGAGAAGCAGAAAUUCUGGUUGGACCUUGAUGAAGUGAUGGUGAGCAUCCCUAGAAGUGAGAGAGUUGUCAUUGGUGCAGACUUCAAAGGACAUGUUGGUGCAGGAAACAGAGAUGAUGAGGAGGUCAUGGGCAGGUUUGGUAUCCAGGAGAGGAACGCAGAAGGACAGAUGGUGGUUGACUUUGCAAAAAGGAUGGAAAUGGCUGUAGUGAAUACUUUCUUCCAGAAGAGGCAGGAACAUAGGGUGACCUAUAAGAGUGGAAGUAGGAGCACACAGGUAGACUACAUCUUGUGUAGAUGGUGUAAUCUGAAGGAGAUCAGUGACUGCAAAGUAGUGGUAGAUGAGAGUGUAGCCAAACAGCAUAGGAUGGUGGUGUGUAGGAUGACCCUGGUGGUGAAGAAGAUGAAGAGGGCAAAGGCAGAGCAGAGGACCAAAUGGUGGAAGCUGAAAAAGGAAGAGUGUUCUAUGACUUUCAGGAAAGAGUUGAGACAGGCUUUGGAUGGUCAGGAGGUGCUUCCAGAUGACUGGACAACUACAGCAAAUGUGAUCAGGGAGACAGGUUGGAGAGUACUUGGUGUGUCAUCUGGAAGGAAAGGAGAUAAGGAGACUUGGUGGUGGAAUGAGGAGGUGCGGGAGUGGAUCCAGAGAAAGAGGUUAGCUAAGAAGUGGGACACUGAGAGGACUGAAGAGAGUAGACAGGAGUACAGGGAGAUGCAGCGUAAGGUGAAAGUAGAGGUGGCAAAGGCCAAACAAGGGGCUUAUGAUGACUUGUAUUCUAGGUUGGACAGUAAGGAGGGAGACACUGACCUGUAUAGGUUGGCAAGGCAGAGAGACAGAGAUGGGAAGGACGUGCAGCAGGUUAGGGUGAUAAAGGAUAAGGAUGGAAGUGUGUUGACAGGUGCCAAUAGUGUGAUGGGAAGAUGGAAAGAGUACUUUGAAGAGUUGAUGAAUGAAGAAAAUGAGAGAGAACAAAGAGUAGAAGAGUGGACCAGGAAGUAGCAAAGAUUAGUAAGGAUGAAGUGAGGAGGGCAUUGAAGAGGAUGAAGAGUGGAAAUAGGCGAUGGGCCGAGUAUGUCUAUCUGCUUUCGUUUACGAAACAAUUGAUCCCCUGCCGGUAAUUUUCUGAUUUUUUAGUAUUGUGUAGAUAAAUUAUCAUAUAACAUAUAAAUUAAUGUUUCCAACCUCAAAAGUUGCACAUUUUUAUAAAUAACGUUGAUAUAUUCGUCACACGAGCUAAUGAAUAUGCUGUUAGCUCCAGCAACCACAAACCAAUGAGAGCUCUUGUUACUACUUCGUGGACUUCAAUUGGCCAAUCGGAUUCCUCGUACUUCUGGUAAAGCCAUAACACAACUUCUUGUGGAGACUGGUUAAGACGGGAUGAGAGCAAACGAAGGAGAGGUAAGAUAUUAUAUUAUUACUCGAUUGUCAUGUGAAAACUUUUGAUUAUUAUGAGAAAUUGAUGCAAUGGGUGCAAACGAAGCAUAUUGACGGCACAUUGUAAUGCCGAAAUUAAUGUUAAUGUUUAAUGAAACGUAACGUCGCUGCAGGUAGCAUGUCACCAGUCACCAGGAACAACAGCUGCAGUAAGCUAAACAAGCGGCAGUAACUAGAUGUCCAACACGUUUAAACGAGAAAAAGGUCAGAUAUUAUUAAUUUCUCGAUUAUCAUGUCAUAUUUUUAAUAUGAAAAGUUUAUGCAAUGGGUGCAAACGAAGCUUAUGUUUAAUGAAACGUAACAUUGCUGCAGGUAGCAUGUCCAGAUCCACCAGGAACAGCUGCAGAUGUUUAAUAUAACAAGUGGCAGUAAUAAGAUGUCAAACACGUUAGAUUUCCCGAUCUGAUCAGCUUUGCUAUUGAUACAUGUUUAAUUAAUUUCUAUUUGUUUGAGAGGAAGUUUGUUAGAGUUUUGUUAGAGCUUCAGUUGUUGUGCAUCCGUGACUAGGAUAUACAAGCGUAGGUUAUCAUAUGGACGUUAAAUGAACUGACACCAGAAAAACAAAUUUACUUGAACAAGAUGAACUUUAUACAAAAAAGUGCUAUGAAAGCCACAAAUUUGGCAUAAGCAUGCCCAUGAAGCUUGCUCUCUUUUUUUCUCUUAUGUCUCCUGUCCUGCAGAAUUGGAGCAGUCAAUACAUGCACACAUGUCUGUGCAUGGUAGCUGGUGCUGUUUGCAUGUGCAUCUCCCCUGCACACAUUUUAGUGCUUUGCACCGGCAAUGCACUAGCUCCAAAACACUUUUCGGUGCUGGUGGAAGCGUCAUCCAAUGGAUUGCAAAGGAUUCUUCUUCAAUCCUCCAUCCAUGUUGUGUUGGUGUUGGGAUGUCUGGCUGGCUUUCUAGGCUUCUCCUGUAUAUCGCUGCCUGGUAAUUUGCACGCUGAAUGUGCAAAUGUAGGGAAUCUUUAUUUGGAGGAAGACUUUGUUCAAAACAUUUUCCUGUUUUGAACAUUUGCCACCUUGCUCUAUUGACUUCUGUAAGGUCCUUAUGGUCAUAGAGCUCACAGGUGAAUGCUUCAGUUGCAUUGUACAGCUCUUGCGGGAUGUCAAAACUUGUGCCCAACUGUCUGAAUGUGGCACAGUGUUCAUGAUUGGACAGAAGUGUCUUGACUGCCUUGACCUUUCCGAUUCCAUACAUAGAACUGACCGUGUCACAGCCAGAGAAGCAGUGGAGACCAAUCAGUGCAUCACACAUCUCUUCUCCCAGAUGGUCAUGGAUAUGCUGGAGAUCAAGUGUGCGGGCAUUGACUCCUCUUCCAGUGUUAAAAAACAGAGCAUGGCACUCUUCUCCAUGACCAACAAUCAGUGUGAGAUCUUCAAUCACAUCUCUACCAGUUUGGCACCACCGGUCAAAAAAGAAUUGUAGCAGGUUUUCCUUGUUUUCCCCACAUGACAAAAACUUGCCCCACUGCUUUGGAGUCUUCUGGUCUACAGAAUAUAUUUUUGUCAGUAAUGCACCCUUCACAGCACGCCGACCUCGUUCAGCAUUUUUAAUGCUCAUAACCUUGUAGGUGUCUGGUACAAAAUGUAUUGUCUUUGACUUACUUGUUUUAGCUGUGUUGACAAUAGACCACAAAGCGCUGUCAGCAAACAUCCCAAAAGUUGCUUUUGGUUUCAGAGCUUGCACAAGAGCCAUUGCAUCAAAGACCCAGGCUGAGCCUUCAGGAACGCUCUCCACAGUUGCUGGAAUAUUUACAGAUGCUUCCAGAAAGUGCAUUAGCUUGGCCUUGUCAGUUUUCAUGAGGGAGCCAUCAUAAUGUGCUAGUGAUGCCGGUAAGGGCCCCAAACUGUACACAAGCAUCUCGCUUAGAUCAAUUUUUCUCGCAGAUCCAACUAAAAUUAGUCUGGCAAAUAGAUCAAUGUCAGCUUUAAGGAUAAUGUCUCUGUCUUUUGCUUUUGUUACAGAUGAUGUUGCUGUGUCUUUGAAGGUCUUGAGCUUCAUUUUUUUAAUUGGCUCAUAGAUGUCAACCUCAUUAGUUUGUAGCCUCUUGACACAGAAUUCUACAAAAGCUUUCUCACCUCUGUCUUUUGCCUCAAGCAGAUCAGCAGCAAUUUCCUCUGUAGCUACCUGGCCCGAUGUGAUAUUGUAAAUCCCCUCUUUGUCAACUGAAGAAUGGAAUGGAUUGAUCAUGUUCUGAAUCGUGGACAUGAUGUUCUUUACAUCCUUCUCAUCACGGUCUCUUCUUGUGUCAUCCAGUUCAGCCCGUUGCUUUGUUGUACUGUUGUGUCCAGCCAUGUCUCUGCAUUCCAUUGUGAUAGCUACUCGCUCAUGAUGGGUGAGUGUCCAUCUAUGAACUGCUCCUAUGACCCAGUCAGUCCACCUUUUGUUUUGGAGUCACGAUUUGCUGUCUGCUCAAUCACUUGGUCACAUGCAGUGCUACAAAAACCGUAUGUUGUCUUUGGGCAACAAAAUCCCCUGAUUGAAGUUGGUGGUUUAUGUUUGGAUGUGUAUCCUCUAAGCAUCUCAUCUCCAUGCAGACAGGUAUCGAGCAUAGUUGAUCCCAUCAUAGGCAAAGAACCAUGGCAAAAUGGAAUGGACAGCUGACAAAUGGAGACUCCAGUUUGCCUCUCUUGUUCCUCUGAUGAAGAGAAGCAGGUCCUCUACCAUACUGAUAUUCAACAAGAUUGUCGAAAUCUUCACCAGGGAACGUCAUCUGCAGAUCAGCUGCAGUUUCCAUGAUGGCUUUACUGUCAUCAGCUGAAAGGGUGUCAAGAACCUGCAGCGACAACUUCAGCUUCAACAACCACAUCUUGAAAUCCUGCAUCCCUGAACCGUUUUCCAAUACAGGACAGGUCUGUUGGACUGGCAUCAUUGACUGGCAGAUAACCUAUGGUAGACUGUGGUGGAAUCAUUCCUCUGUGCAGCAGAGUGUUGUGGCCAGUCCAUCCCGACAGAACUCUGCUGCAGGUUUCUGGGAACUUCAUGAAAAAAUGUCAAUGUGGACAGGAGGCGGCUGAAGAGAACGUUUGCGUGUUCUAUGCAGAGAUACCAUCUCUGAAGCUGAUGCAUCACAGGUAAUGGGUUUUUGAAUGAUAAUGCCAUUUGUGUUGUGUGUUGUACCUUUUCCAGAUAGUGUUUCUUCGCCAAAAUCAUUGUUGUCCCAAACCAGGGUUGCAUGAACUUUAGGUUUUAUGUUUGAUGGGAUGUAUGUAUCACUUCUUUGAAUUUGUAGCUCUGCUAGUACAGUGUCAUGUCCCAGCACUUCUGAGUGGGAGGAGCAGUGCCCAAGACCAUUGAGCAUUCCGAUCAGCUGUGCUGAUCCAGUCAUAUGGCUUAUUGCCAUGGCUAAGGAGGAAUGCUUUGGCCUUAACCAGCGACCUCUCAUUGUAAGGUUCAUGACAUCCUGGCAAGUUGACACAAUUUUUUGAUUGUCCUCCACACUGACAUUGACACGUGAGUUGUCAGAUGUAAAUUCUGUGGUCAUACCUCCUGUCCAAGCCAUGAAGUUAUAUAAUUCAUUUGGCACAACACUGGAGGCAGUGUCCAUCUUGAGGUCUUGUGAUGUUGGUGGCCAGGGCAUUUUUGGAGUCACUUUACACUUGGUCUCUAUGAUCUCUUUAAGUAGCACGGCUGAAUGGUACAGGUGUCUGUCUGUGGAGAAGUCAGAGACUGUCACUACACAACCAGGUAUAAUGGUGAAAUGCAGGGUCAUUCUUGUGUUGAUGGCCUAAAUGACUGGGUUCCAUGCCAUCCUCCUCUGAGUCACUGCUGUCUGAUGAAGGCUGUGCCGGUUCAUCCUGGAUGACCUCUUCAGCAGUAUCGUGUGUAAUUUACGAAGCAACUGUGGUGAUACAUGGCCUCUGACGCAACAAGAUCUCUUCCACGGAUUUGAAGCAACAGGUGCUCAUCCUUCUUCCCCUCAGCAGCACGAAGGAGUUGAUCUGCUAUGGUAAACAAAGUUUAUACUCGGCAGGCAUGCAACAGGCAGGAGGUGUGGAGCCCUUUUGGGUUGUUCUGGGCCACUUGAAGAGCGCAGAACCCGAACCUUGGAUGGAGCACCGUCACUGGUAUCUGGCAGCGGUACUUCUGAACAUUGUAAUGGCACUAAAAUGUAAAUUACAAGUGAUCAACAAUAAAUGGAAAUGAUCUAAAUUCAUAUUGUUUCUAACAAUUGUAAAUAAAUAAAAAAACAUACUUCUGA